UAUUAAAGUCUUUUGUAAAAUCAUGUCCCUUUUUGACGAGUGUGAUUAAUUUCACCCAUUCCCAUCUCAUCUAAAUUAAUUUCUUCGAUCCCCAUUAACUCCAAAAGCUUUUUAGAACUCAUAAUAUCACUAUUUUAUGUAUGCUGUCAUCUCUCUUCUUUGUUCAACUGUAUGAUCUGUGUAGAGUAUGAUUGUUUCUUCAAAUUCGACUACUUUUAUCUAUUGUUGAAGAUGAGAAUGGAUCCAAGAUCAUGAUAUAGAUCAAAGAAAAACUUGUCUCUUGCUUUUGUUUUGUGAAGUUGGGAAAGAUGGGAUCGUUUCCGGGGCAUAUGGUUCCAGGAACGUUGUUUUUGGUUGUCGGGAUGUGGCACGUCUGGUGCUCUAUAUGUCGAUAUGUGUUGGAUCCUGAGACGUACGGGGUCAGGGUUUGGAACCCGGUUCGAGCAUUUGGUGGCAGGGUUAAGUACCUUGAGCUCUAUGUCAUUGCAGUUGGAGGCUUUGUUGAUCUCUGCAUAGAGUUUCUUUAUGCAACCCAUCUCAACAUCGUUGUCGAUGGCGCCUUGAACCCUUCUCACAUUAACAACUUUGAGCACUCAGCAAUGCUCCUCAUGUUCUUCAUCUUUGGAGUAAUCACACUCCUCUGUGAACAGACAAGGCAUCUGCCAUUGUCUGAAGGUGCAUUGUGCCUGAUUGCUGCAGCAGCAUUCACAGCAGAGUACCUCUUGUUCAACUUCCACUCGACUACGCACAAGGGGCUCGAGGGGUACUACCACCGUGUCCUGGUACUACUGAUAGGCCUAUGUAUAGCAUCAACUAUCGCGGGAGCACUCAUGCCGACCAGCUUCCCAGCUGAUUUAACCAGUGGCAUUGCUAUAACACUCCAAGGCCUUUGGUUCUAUCAGACUGCCUUCACUCUCUAUGGCUCAAUGAUGCCGGAUGGCUGUGUUCUCAACAUCGACAAAAUCACAUGUCGUUCCUUGGAGCACGAAGCCCGUGGCGAGCUGCUGGCUAAUCUCCAGCUGUUCAUUCAAGUUUUUGGUGUUCUUGCUUCUGCUUCUGGUGCAUAUGUUUAUGCACAUCCCAGAUUCAGCCACUGAUCUGAAAUUGGGGGGUUGUCUAUUUUUUUAGUAGAAGUAUAUAUACAAAAAUUGACAAUAGAUUUUAACACCUUAUAGUUUUUGGUAUUGAAUUGUAUAUGCAAAGAUGAUGCCAACAUAAAGUUGUGUUAAGAAUUAUGAAAACAUGUGCUUCAUCAA